CGUCUGGUCAUUCGGGCGAAUCGGCUUGGCUAGUUUUGGAUUUAUCUGUUCAUUCCGAUCAUCGUUGUUGUUGUUGUUGUUUUUGCUGACCGAUUGACCAAUGAUGAUUGAACCCGAAGAAUCGAUACCGAUAUUCAAAAUGUUAUCGGUUAGAUCGAUACGUACAUUGCGUUUAUUAAUGCCAUUAGUUGCAAUGAUAUCAUUGUUAACACAAUCGGUUGCCAUUAUAACUAAUGAUUGGCUUUAUACUAUUGAAUCAAUGCCAAAUUCUAAUUAUGAAACAUUUUCAAUGCCUGCUGAAAUGGAAUUCUUAAAAAAAUCUACAUCAUCAGGCUUGUGGACAUUAUGCUAUAAUCAACCACCGGAUACAAAUGUCGAAUGUAUUAGAAUCGAUCAUUUCAGCCAAGAAGAAUACAUACCCGAUCAGAAUGAUUCAACAAUGGCCAUUCCCUAUGCUGUAAAACAGGCAGCAAUUUAUUUUCUAAUCAGCACUGGUUUAAUGAUGGCUGGACAGACCAUUUACCUAUUGAGUCAAUUAUGUCGUUCACGUCGUAUUUAUGUAUUUAUAUCGGGUAUACCAUUCAUUUUGUCUGGUUUAUUAAUACUGACCGGUAUCGUAGUCUAUAUUUCAACAUUUAAAAAUGAAGUUGGCUAUAAAUUACGACCAAUAUCACAAUUUCAAGAUGCAUUAUUUGAUUAUCGUUAUGGUUAUUCAUUUCUAUUCCUGGUCACUAGUCUUUUGUUAUCCGAAUUGACCGGAACAUUGGCAAUAUUCCUAUAUGUUUCACAAAAACAUUUUAAAAUUAUGAUCGAUACUGAACGUGAUCAAGUUCUUGAACAUAAUAUUAUUAAUUUAUUACGAAAUCAACAACAACAUAAGAUUGAUGAUGAUGAUAUUCGAGCAACAACAACGAGCAACAAAGAUGUUGGUGAUGGUAACAUCACUUAUCCAAGACUUCGAAUCAUAUCGAUCAAUGAUAAUGAUGACUAUGCUGAUAAUAAUGAUAGAAAUGUUGUUGCCGCUGCACCACAAUCGCCGUCAGCUAUUCAAAAAACUAUAAAUCAAAAUUUUCUGUCUGCCGAUUUCGGCCUAAUAGAUCAGGCUUAUUAUCAAUGUGGUAGGCAUGGUACUCGUGGACGUCGAAAUAGUCGUUCCAAUGAAUCAUAUCUUGGUUCACCAAGAGAAAGUGUUACGACCACAACUGAAUUGAAAUCGAUCGCAACAACCACCGCAAACGCAAUACAAAGACGUUCGAAAAAUUCAUUCGAUUCUAUAACAACAACAGCAAUCGGUGGUGAUCCAUUAAUGCAAGAAUUGUGUGUUGAAGGAUUAAUAUUGCAACAACAACAACAACAUGGCCAUAAUAGUGGAAAUAAAUCAACAUUUGUUUGAAACAAAUUCAAUAAUCUUUCAUUUAAAUUUAAACUAAAAUUCAGAUUUUCGAAGUUAAAAAAUUAAAAAAUAUUUUA